UCGCAGAGCGUGUGCGCUCACGGCUCUAAAAAACUAAACUAGAGAAAGAGAGAGAGAGAGUGAAUUCCCGCCACACGCCAUAAACACUUCCCGCCACCACCACCUUUUAUGAGCCUCUGAGUCUCACUAUCACUCUUCACACUACACCAAUGGCUCCUUCUCGUCGCAAUAGCAACGGUCGAUCACCUCUUGUCAAUCAACAGCGUCAAAUCACUUCCUUCUUCUCCAAACAUCCUUCUCCCACUAACCCCAAAACCAACCCCAAACUAAGCCCUAACCAUAUUUCAGACCCUAACCCUAACCCUAGCCAUAGCCCUACCGUUCCAACUCCUUCUCCUCUCGAUUCCAAACCGCACAAGCCCCUUCUUCUCAUUGGCGCUUCUUCUUCACCCUCCUCUUCGUCUUCUCUCUACGCUACUGAGGUCAUUGGUAGAAGGGUCAAGGUUUACUGGCCUUUGGACAAAGCUUGGUACGAAGGUCUUGUCAAAUCAUUCGAUAACCUCACUUCCAAGCACUUGGUUCAUUACGACGAUGGCGAAGAGGAAUCCCUUGAUCUUUCCAAGGAGAAGAUCGAGUGGCUCCACGAUUCCUCUUCGAAGAAGCUUAGACGGCUGCGUCGUGGCGUUCCCGCCGUUAGGAAGAUGGUGAUCGAGGACGACGAGGUGGAAGAAAGUCGCAAAGAAGAAGACCACGAACAUGAUGAUGAUGGUGAUGAUUCCAAUGAUGAAGAUUGGGGGAAGAAUGCUGCACUGGAGGAUGCUGGGGACGAUGGAGAAGAAGAUACCGAUCUAGAGGAUGAAUGCGACGUAGAAGAGAGGGUUAAAGGAAGGUCUAGUGGGAAGGUUGAAUCUAAAAAGCGGAAACUGAUUAGAACAGAGAAAGCGGAGCCUGCAAAAAAGAGCAAGAGUGGAGGGGAAGUUGGUAAGGGGGCUUUUAAGCUCUCGGUGGCGGAGCCUACUAGUAUUUUGGAGAUUAAAAAGGCAUCUAAUGGUGCUGACAACGUUGCAAAUGUUGAGGUCUCUGAAAGAUUUGCAUCUCGUGACAAUCAGAAAUUGCGCUUCCUGAGAGAAGAUCGCAGGGAUGCCAAGCGAAGGCGUCCUGGAGAUGAAAAUUAUGACUCAAGAACUCUCUACUUGCCUCCUGGUUUCUUAGGGAGUUUGUCAGAUGGUCAGAAACAAUGGUGGGAAUUCAAGUCAAAGCAUAUGGACAAAGUUUUGUUUUUCAAGAUGGGUAAAUUUUAUGAGCUUUUUGAGAUGGAUGCACAUGUAGGAGUCAAAGAGCUCGACUUGCAGUAUAUGAAGGGAGAGCAACCUCAUUGUGGAUUUCCGGAGAGGAAUUUCUCAAUGAAUGUGGAAAAACUGGCUAGGAAGGGUUAUCGAGUUCUUGUUGUAGAGCAGACUGAAACACCUGAACAGCUGGAGCUUCGUCGGAAGGAGAAGGGCUCUAAAGAUAAGGUUGUGAGGCGUGAAAUAUGUGCAGUAGUUACAAAAGGCACAUUAACGGAUGGGGAGUUGCUGUCAGCAAACCCUGAAGCUGCAUAUUUAAUGGCCCUGACUGAGCAUCAUCAAAACCUUCAAAAUGAAAUUUCAGAGCAUAUCUAUGGUGUUUGUAUGGUUGAUGUUGCCACAAGCAGAGUCAUUCUUGGACAGUUUAAGGAUGACUCUGAGUGCAGUGCCUUGUGCUGUAUCUUAUCUGAGAUCAGGCCUGUUGAAAUUGUGAAACCUGCUAAACUACUCAGUGCCGAAACAGAGAGAGUGCUACUGAAGCAUACUAGAAGUCCUUUAGUGAAUGAAUUAGUUCCCACCGUGGAAUUCUGGGAUGCUGACAAAACUGUAGAUCAAUUGAAGAGAAUUUACAGGGACCCUGAAGAUGUUAGUGUUGAAGAUAGUGGGUUAGAUUGCCUGCCUGAUGUUUUACAGGAGCUGGUGAAAACAGGUGAUGACAGUAGAAGUGCACUUUCAGCUCUGGGUGGUGCUCUCUAUUAUCUGAAACAGGCUUUUCUGGAUGAGGGGUUGCUUAGAUUUGCACAGUUUGAGCUACUUCCAUGUUCUGGUUUAGGAAAUCUUGCUUCAAAACCCUACAUGGUUCUUGAUGCAGCAGCCCUGGAGAAUCUUGAGAUUUUUGAGAAUAGCAGAAAUGGAGAUUCUUCAGGCACGCUCUAUGCCCAACUAAAUCAAUGUGUUACUGCAUUUGGAAAGAGAUUGCUAAAGACAUGGCUUGCUAGACCAUUAUGUAACGUGGAGUUAAUUAAGGAACGCCAAGAAGCUGUUGCAGGUUUGAAGGGAGUUAAUCUGCCUUAUGCACUAGAAUUUCGAAAAGCAUUAUCAAGGCUACCUGACAUGGAGCGGUUGCUGGCACGCAUCUUCUCUACUAGUGAAGCUAGUGGAAGAAAUGCUAAUAAAGUGGUUCUGUAUGAGGAUGCGUCAAAGAAACAGCUGCAAGAGUUUAUUUCAGCUCUGCGUGGUUGUGAACAAAUGGCACAAGCUUGCUCUUCACUUGGUGUCAUUUUGAAGGGUGUCAAAUCUGGACAACUUAAUCAUCUGCUAACACCUGGUAAAGGUCUUCCUGAUAUUUGCCUGGAUCUUAAUCAUUUCAAGGAUGCCUUUAACUGGGUGGAAGCCAGUAACUCUGGGCGUAUAAUACCUCAUGAAGGAGUUGACAUGGAGUAUGACUCAGCCUGUAAGGCAGUUAAAGAGGUUGAGGCAAGUUUAUUAAAGCAUCUCAAGGAGCAGAGGAAACUACUUGGAGACACAUCAAUCAAUUAUGUCAAUAUUGGAAAGGAGACAUACCUAUUGGAAGUGCCAGAAAAUUUGUCUAGGAAUAUUCCUCAGGAUUAUGAAUUGCGUUCAUCCAGAAAAGGCUUCUUUAGGUACUGGACUCCAGAUAUUAAAAAGUUUUUAAGAGAGCUCUCCCAAGCUGAAUCUGAAAAGGAGUUCCUAUUGAAAAGUAUAUUGCAUAGAUUAAUUGGGCGUUUUUCUGAACAUCACACUAAAUGGAAGCAGUUGGUGUCUACAACUGCAGAACUGGAUGUUUUGAUUAGUUUAGCUAUUGCCAGUGACUACUAUGAAGGACCAACAUGCAGACCUAGUUUCAUAGGCACAUUAUGUACAACAGAAACAAAAGCUCCAUACCUCCAUGCUAAAAGUUUGGGACACCCAGUUCUUAGGAGUGAUACCUUAGGCAAGGGUGCCUUUGUACCCAAUGAUAUAACCAUUGGUGGUCCAGAUCAUGCUAGCUUUAUUCUUCUAACCGGUCCUAACAUGGGUGGGAAGUCAACUCUUCUUCGCCAAGUUUGCUUGGCUGUGAUUUUGGCCCAGGUAGGGGCUGAUGUCCCAGCAGAAAGUUUUGUUUUGUCACCAGUGGACCGAAUUUUUGUUAGAAUGGGGGCCAAAGAUAAUAUCCUUGCUGGCCAAAGUACAUUUUUAACUGAGCUUUCAGAAACUGCAACGAUGCUGUUGUCAGCCACUUGUAAUUCAUUGGUGGCUCUGGAUGAGCUUGGGCGAGGGACCUCAACUUCUGAUGGGCAAGCUAUUGCGGAAUCGGUAUUAGAACAUCUUGUGCGGAGGGUGCAGUGUCGUGGAUUAUUUUCUACACACUAUCAUCGAUUAGCUAUAGAUUAUCUCAAAGAUCCCAAGGUCUGUCUCUGCCACAUGGCAUGCCAAGUUGGUGGUGGAAUUGCAGGUUUAGACGAAGUCACCUUUCUUUACAGGCUGACACUUGGUGCUUGCCCCAAGAGCUAUGGUGUUAAUGUUGCUCGAUUAGCUGGACUUCCAACUUCUGUGCUUCAGAAGGCUGCCGCCAAGUCCAGAGAAUUUGAGGCCACUUAUGGUAAAUGCAGAAAGAAGUCUAAAGAAACAAAUUCUGCCAAUCAAAAUUGGUUUGACAAGAUAGCCGUUAUCAUACAAAAAUUGAACAAUGCUGCUACAAAUUUGAGUUGCCAGGAAACCAUUUGCGUUAGUUCCCUAAGAGAACUUCAGGAUAAAGCAAGAGAACUAAUGCAGCGAUGUUAAACUAAUUCAAGCUAAAUUAUUAUCCAGAAUCUCGAUAAUAGUGGUAAUUCAUUCUUUUGAGAAACGCGCAAUACUUUUAUGGCCACAUUCUACGUUGAUAUCCAUUCUGGUAGAUAUGGUCGAAUCUUGCCUUGUAUGUUGGUUCAACAUAUCAUUUUUGUACGGUGUGCUUGUAAAUAGUUGCUGUGAAAAUGGUGAUACGAGUUCAACUAACACAGUAUGACCCGUUGUUCUUACGACUGGUAAGUAGUUAAUACUUUAUUUUUAAUUCUUGGGCGGGUGUGAUAGUGAGACAAUGAAUAUUCCAAAUGGCAAGGGAAGAUGCAUUUCUAU